UGGUGCGGGCACCGCAAAAUCAACAAGCUCUUCGGUCGAAUUAAUCCAAAAUCCGCUCCCUUCUCCUGGCCCUUUGCUUGGUAACACACGGCUAGUGGAUCCUCAACGUGGAGGGAAUGAUACCAACACUAACAAAACGGAUAAGUCAACGUCUGGUACGACAACAGACGUUCCAUUGAAAUGCUUUGAUACAGAUUCUUCCUGCAGCUCGACAUUCUCCUCCAAAAGAGAUGUAAAGAAAUCGGGAGAACAUAGUUCUUAUGCGGCUCCAGGCGAAGAACGGCAGGUUCGUCAAUUUGUCGAUGAAAAUACGUCAGUCGAACGUAUGCAUGGUAUCGAUCUCAAUGUGUCUGAAGGCACGGUUCGGUCAACAUCACCGUCAUCCUCUGAUCCCCGAUACACAGCUGGUGUUAAGGGCAAAACCUAUAACCCUUCAAAGGAUUUAGAAGUCGCGUCAUCUCGAGAAGGUGCACUGAACUACCAUCCAAGUAUAAAACCGAGCGAUUUAAUGAUUGACAGAACGGAAACUAACUCGCCAAAACGAAGGCCUAUAACAUCUGCUAGCACUAGCAGUAUUGCCAGCGACGGGUAUGCGAUCAAUUCGACAAGAAUAUCUUCACACUUCAAUUUUCCUCCAAUCAACUCAAUCACAGCUUACAAUCCGCUAACACUACCGCCAAGUAUAGGGGCAAACUGUAAUGAAACGAUAGCCAUCGACUGUGCAUUGGGUCAAGCAUCUCAAAUCGUUCAUGGAGGAAAAUUAAUCCCAUACGUGCAGGGUAUACCGGGUCCAAAUACAUUGCUAUCAAUCGGUAACCAAACAGGAACUUCGCUCAGUAUGAAUCCGCAGUCACCAUUGACUAUAACAGUGCCGCUAGGAAGCUGUUCGACAGCCAACUUGGUUUCUAUUUUGCCAGCAGAAGUUUCUACGGCAUCAUUCAAACAUUACACAUCAUCAGAAGGUAGUUCCUCAUUACUAGCUAUUCAACGAACGUCGUCUCCGAGGGAGUAUAUGAUGAUGGCUGCUUCUGCGGAACAAUCUAACAAAAAAAUGGUACCCUCAAUGCUAUCGAAGAAUGGCUUUCCUUCUGAGAUUUGGUCCCCGGCGAAACAGCAACAAGUGCAGGCAGACGCAGCCAACGUCACCACCGUAACGAGCAAUCCCAAAAAGAGUUUCAAUUUCACGCGCAUUGCUGAUAACUUAAGCCCUCGUAAAAAAGAUUCAUCUAUUGUACGUAACACAAUAGAGGCAAAGCAGGUGGAAGAAGUACGAUAUUUUAAUUUUGAAUCGGUGAUUUCCAAGUCGGAAAUACUGAUAAAACCACCACCACCACCGCCCCCUCUACCAUGCACCACGACCACGGCAUCCACAACAGCUAUAGUGUACGAUGGUUCGAAUUCAACGAAUAGUGCAGUAUCGGCUGCAGCACAGGGACAAGAAACCGUAUUGAACAGCGUUAGCACAGUGCCGAACAGUUCAAGCUUUCAAGCACCUCCCUUGAAGCCGAACAAAUUUUUACGACCCAACACGCUACCCCUCAAACCUGGAACAUUCACACCGAAACGGCAUCAUGGUAUCACUCCGACAAACAACACUAUGCCACUGAUCUCGCCGGAAACACCCAGGCCAUCUAAAAGUUGUCGUGAAUUGUACUUCAACGGCCACGCGUAUACAAAUAUUGGGCUCAAAUCAAGCACGAAACCAUUCUACUGCACCGUUAACAAAACGCAACCGUUCUACUUUCAAACUUCCAAAAAACUUUCAAUGUACAGCAACUGGCAGGUUCACCCUGAAAAUGAUCCCCAUCCGCUCCGCUUCAGUCAGGUUGCGGUAAUUGCACUUUACGACUCAAACCAACAGCGUGAUAGACGAUAUUCAAUCGCGGGUUCUCGAACAGUUCCUCUUACACUGAUUGCGAGUGAAGAUAGAAAGUCUGCAAAUUGCAAAAUCCGAAUGACACCAUUGGAAGUUGUCUCAAAGAUUCCUUGUCAUCCCCCGAAUGUGCUGGCGGCCCUGGCUGCUCAGCAACCUCCGCUUCCAUCUUACAGCGCAAACAUUUCGCCGCUACCUCUCUCUGGAAGAGAAUUCACACCAUCGCCUUGCGAAAAAUCUGUUGAUAUGCCUAGCAUGCACAGUGAUCCAACGGUUGGGGUUAGUACUAGUUCCUUAUCACGUCAUCUGUCUCCUAGAAGUGAAUCGGUUGAACUAGGGCUUUCCGGAGGACUAGAAAGUACUGAAGAAUACACAUAUGUGCGAGGUCGUGGACGUGGAAAAUACGUCUGCAAGGAAUGCGGUAUCCGUUGCAAAAAGCCUUCCAUGUUAAAGAAACACAUUCGUACACACACUGAUGUUCGGCCUUACUCGUGCAAAUACUGUAGCUUUCAUUUCAAAACAAAGGGAAAUCUAACCAAACACAUGAAAUCCAAAAGCCACUUUAAGAAAUGUACAGAGCUGGGAUUAAAUCCAAUUCCGAUGCCUGAUGAUGGAAUGGAUAUUGAUGUUGAAGGCGAUCAACAAUCGGUUUCUAGUGAACGUACCUCGACAAUUCCGGGUGAUUCUGAUACUCCCACCGAUACUGAUGGUGAUGAUACGGAUGAUAGUGAAGAAUCCAAAAGUCGCUUGCCAGAGCACGAGGCAGCUCAAGGUUUGCUGUCUUUGUCAAUGACUAGGCCAACUUCAGCCUGUAGUAGCCUUGAUGCCACAUCUGCUGUCACUAUUGGAGAUACUGCGAGUUCUACAGCAUAUGCUAAGCAAACUACUAACUCUACUAUGGUUCCCACUUUUGAUGUUGCUUCCAACACAAUGGAAGCAAACGCAGCGUCUUUUUUACAACAACAAACGAUUACUUCAGAAGUAUCUCUUAUUUAUGCCAACCAUAACCAAUCCACAUUAAUCGAUCGAUCUGCAACAGCGCCAGGAGCACAAACGCGGCGUAUCAUAACGUUUGGUAACGGACCCAUGCUGGAGUAUAACCUGCUGAAACAUGAACAAUACUAUUCUGAUCCUAAUGUAGGGAAAAAGAAACGUGACUACGAACGGUCGUUUACAAAUGCGAGUGACGAGGCAGCACAAGCGGGUGAUGCGGACGAUGAAGAUGAUACGGUUCGACCGAUGGAUUUGACGAAAAAAUCAAAGCUACAACCCUCCAGAGACACUCCACAGAUGGCGGCAACGGGAUCAAUAACAGCAUGCCAGCUACCCUUGACUGAACCACAUAUAAUGCAGCACGAUGCGACCUCUACCAACAAAGUCCCGUUGGCAAUGGUGACCCCUCAAUCGGGCCAAACUGAUAGAUAUGGAUCAUUACAGCAUCGGGUGCUACCGAAGUCCUCUGCAACAUGUCAGAAUACCCACCAACCAGCUGUAUCAGCUGUGGUAAUGUCUGAUGUGCUAACGCCAAUAACCGGAACAGCCAACCUAUUGACAACGCUUGUUUCUAACACGGACAAGAUACCAUUGAUGACGGCAGUCGCCACUACUGAUAGGGUUCCGACCACCGGUGGCGUAGAUGAAAAUGCUCACUUCCACGAGUACGUGAAGCAAAGAGCACUGCAGGAUACAAAGAUCAAACAAAGCCAAAUUAAGUCCAGCAGUGGUACAAUCGCUUUGGAGUUGGAUGAACAUUCACCAUUGCAUCGCUCCGAACAUCAAACAAAACAGCAACCGACGUUGGCGUCAGCGGUUCAGGAUGAAGCAGUUGUUUCAUUGGGUGCCGUUUCGAAAUCAGUGUCCUUGAAAACAACACAGCAACCGGUGUUAGUAUCAGUUUCAUCCAAUGUGACGUCUUCUGAUCGGGUUUAUCGCAUUUUCAGUGGAAAAAAUGAACGUAAUCGUAAUAUCGCCACAGUUAACAGCACUACCAGUACUUCCAGCAAUUCCAGUGUAUCUCAAGUCGCUGAUACGUUACCAUUGCAUGUGAACACGCAACUAGUGGAUCAACAACAACUCAAUGCUAUUACGCUUUCGAUUAAUUCCGAGGGCAAUCAUCCGGUAGUGCCAACGGUUACUACAUCCAUGCGUAUGAUUGCAGACGAAUGUCCGCUAUCUGAAAAUGCCACACCGAUGGAUACAUUGGCAGAAAUUGCAGCGGGAUCAUUGAAGCUGGAUGUUACCAAAGCAACACCGAUUGAAACUACUGUAGAUGUUGCUACCACGAGGAUGGCCACAUUAUCGAGAAGUAAUAGCGCUGUGUCUAUUACUACUGUUGCACCGGAAAGCGCAAAAUCGUUAGCUUCAGAGUAUUUGAAACUUGCCAAGGCAGUCACGAGCGUGGGAAGCAGCAAAAGGAAGCGGGAAAACAGUGAAAGCGGAAGCACCGCGUCGGAUCAGGAGAAUACUACGUUUGCUGUGCCACCAACUAUCUCUUCUAUAGCAACUCCCGUUGUUAUGGCAAGUGGAUCUAUAGCGGAAAGCAAACCGGUAGCAACAGUGGCACCUAUACUAGUGAAAACAGUACCCCAGCACUCUUCGCAGCAUCCACCAGUGGAGUCGGCCACGCCUGUUGGAUUUUCCAAUUCAAAUACUAACGGCUCCACGGGGCAUUCGGCGUUGAGCGCUCCAUUACCGAUUGGAACGGCCCCAAUAACGGGGGGCCCAAGCGAGCACACUACCACUGGAAUCGUACCCGUGAGGAAAGUAGUUGUAGGUGAAGACGGAUUCAAAGCUUCAGGUGGAGAGUUUGUUGGUGGAGCGACAUCUUCAUUUACCCACAUUCAAGAGGACGGGGGCAGGCCAGUUUGUGAAAUUUGCCAUAAGAAGUUCCACAAACUUUCGCAGCUUAGCAUUCAUAUGAACAUCCACUAUAUGGAACGCAAAUACCGGUGCGAGCCUUGUGGUACAAGUUUCCGUUCACAGGGGCUUUAUCUGAAGCAUGAACGUUCAGCGACUCAUCGUAACAAAGUAUCAAUGACAACAACAUUUGGUGUUGCGACGGAUACGAACCCGCGUCCGUUUUACUGUCGAGACUGUGAUGUUGGUUUUCGUAUUCAUGGUCAUUUGGCGAAGCAUCUUCGAUCAAAGAUGCACGUACUGAAACUGGAAUGUCUUGGGAAGCUUCCAUUUGGAACAUACACGGAAAUCGAACGUUCAGGAACGAACCUGACCGAGAUCGAUACAUCUGAUUGUGAAAAUUCGCUCUCGAGUCUUAAGCGUCUUGCGGUUCGAUUGAAUGUUAAAGAUCCUGCUAAGGUACUGCCGUCUACAGUUGGCACUCCCAGAAAUAGUGGAAACGAGACGGAUAGUUGUGAUGAAAUCUUCGGAGGCGAAAAUGGCGAGGAUGAGCGGUCCAGUGGAACGACUACGAAGGAAAGUGGGGAACCAUCAUCCGAGGAAUCGUCUCCAGGGGAAUCUCUUCUUAAUGGCAAGUCCAGCGACCAAAGGAAGGCUGAUGAUGUUGCAACAGAUAAUUCCGUGGUGGACGUGGGACUGCGAUCGACUGAGUACAGUCCCUGUGAGCGGAACAUCAACAACAAUGUAAAACCUAACACGGACGAAUCGACAGUAAUUGGAGAGGGUGGAAGUCAAGUCUCUGGAGAGAAAUCGUGUUUAGGUACAAAACGUUUGCGUUACUCGAUCGAUGUUGAUACCGAAACGGCUUCGCGUGAUCAUGAUCGAAUAGAUAUUUCCUGAAAGAUGAGUAAUAUGGUGAUAACGUCACAGGAAGGCAACAGAAGUAGCCUUUCCGCGAAUCAGAGAAAAGGAGUGCCAGGCUUUACUAUAGGUUCUAAGCGAUUGCAGCCGUAACCUCUUCUGACUCUAUAUUAAUCUAAAGUGCCAAUUAAACAUACUUUUCUUCCAGUUUUUGUAGAAAGCAUAAAAUCAAUUUUGUUUUGUUCAUAACAUAAAAUAUACUACUAAAAUAUGUUGAUCUAGUAUGCAUUUGGUGCGUGGAAAAAGGAACAUUAAAUUGAUGCUUGUAGAUAUUGUUCGACUUUGCAAUGAAACAGAGUAUUGCUGCGCCAUUAUAUUGCAUGUAGGAUUUUGAAGGCUUCAGGUAGAUAAACGCCUACAAAAGAAGCGUCAUACCUGUAAAACACUUUGAAUAUGUUCAGACCAAAUGUAAGGAAUUGAAAACUGGACAGUGGUUCGAAAAACGAAACCGUACCGUUCAUUCACAGAUCGAUAGUACCAAUGAAAACAUCAAGAGAACCUACGAAAUAAAAAAAAAUCGAUCCUUGUUCCUAGGUAGCACGUAUCGAGGACAUGGUCGCUCAACCGAACCUAAUUCACGAGCAGGGUUCGUCUUCCUUUUAAACAGUGCUGCGUAACGCAAACUACGAAGAGAAAGGAAAACAUAGCAUAUCGUGUUAUAUAAAGCGCUCUACAACAAGACCAAGCGUGUUAAGAUUGAAUGUUGAGGAAAUCGAUUGGUGGCCAAAAUUUAUUACAACACCGACAAACAUAAACCUACAUAAACAUUUACACAUCGAAACGUUGGAUAGGCUAUAAUACAUACACAUAUAUUUUUCUACUGAUCGUCUUAUCGGUUCUAGGAAUAUUUUAGACUUCCUGGGCCCAAAAAAUAUUAAAAAGAACCUCUCUUCCUUAGGAUUUUUGGCUAUUAUAUGUCCUAUUGGAUUACACUACGACGGUACCUCUGUCUUACAUUUGUGUGCUGUCUCAUCCAGAUAUCAGUUUUCGCUGUUAAAUGCAAAAAUGAAGCGAGCUACUAUCUGCUCGUUGUCGCAUAUCAACAAACUUUUUCAACAACCAAUGCCCUUUUCUACAUAGAACUAACAAUGUUGAACACACUAGUACAGUCGUCAAUGCUGUGAGGCCAAACAUUUGUUGUGAUGGUUUUUUUUAGUUGAAUUUAGAGAUUACCUUUGUUAUUCGCUAUGGUUUUAUGCCAUAUUCACGAAAUAUGCAAUAAGAUUGAGAUAAUUGCUUUUUAUUAUCCCAUACAUCUCUACACAUCAAAGAGCACAUGCAUAUACUUGCUUUUGUGUAAUCUUUGUAUUCCUAUUCCUUAACAUGUUUCCUCUUUUCACUGGCAUACAUAUUCAGAUGUGCAUAUUGCGAAACUGUCACUAAUGGCGGGUUAUAAAAAAAUUUAACAGAUCAUGACAACAUACGAUUGUUGAGAAAUUAAUAUUUUUGUGAAAAUACAAAAAAAUAAGAACAGAUAUUACGUCACCGUACAGGCGUACGAUUACCAACAUCUGAUAGAAAGCAGCAAAAUUGCAUUAAAAUACUUGUACAUAACAAGAUAAUAUGAUUAAAACAAAUGAGUGGAUAAAAAUGCCAUUAGUAGACAUAUACAACUCAAUGUUAUACACAAAACAUAUACAAUUUAUUCUUAGAGAAAAAGAUUUUGAAGUACAAU